AAAACGCUGAAUUCCAUUUUCAAGAGCCAAAAUUGAUCCAAAAUUUGGUCUACCAAUGGCCUCAGAUCGAAGACCCACAAGCAUUCUUGAUUCUUUAGGAGAAGAAAUCAUCAGAAUCAUAACCCCAGUCUCAAUCUGCAUGCUUAUGGUGGUCAUUUUGGUCUCUAUUCUCAAUUCAGAUUCAUCAUCCUCAUCUUCGAUGACGACGAUAGCGACCAUGGCAUACUCGGAGACAAGCUCAGAUUCAGUCUGGGACAAACUGGAAGGUGCCCUUUUGAAUUCUCUCGUUUUCGUGGCUGUUGUCACUGCUGUUACUUUCAUUUUGGUGCUCCUGUUCUAUCUUAGAUGCACCAAGUUCUUGAAGUUGUACAUGGGUUUCUCGGCUUUUGUUGUUCUGGGGUUUAUGGGUGGCGAAAUUUCCUUGUUUUUGAUUGAGGAUUUUGGUAUCCCUAUUGAUUGCAUAACCUUUUUGGUGAUUCUGUUUAAUUUUGCUGUUGUUGGUGUGUUGGCUGUAUUCAUGUCAAAAAUGGCGAUUCUAGUGACACAAGGGUAUUUAGUGUUCAUUGGAGUUCUGGUUGCUUACUGGUUUACUCUUUUACCUGAAUGGACUACUUGGGUGCUUUUGGUUGCAAUGGCAUUAUAUGAUCUUGCUGCAGUUCUUUUACCUGUUGGGCCCCUAAGGCUUUUGGUAGAGCUUGCCAUGUCUAGGGAUGAAGACAUCCCAGCUCUAGUUUAUGAGGCUAGGCCUGUGACUCAUCAUGAUUCAGGUUCGAGAGAUAAUGGGGUUCAAAGGAGGCUUUGGAGAGAAAGGAGGAAUGGUCAUAAUUCAAUCCAGAAUAUUGAUUCUGGGACUAACUAUAAUUCAGAAUUGAAUAGCAAUGUUGUUUCAGAAUCAGACUCGACUUUUGCUACAAUUGGGAGUGGUCACAAUGACAGAAGGUUGGUUAGAGCUGAAGAGGGGCAGAUCUCAGAAAGGGAUGCUGAGCUUUCUGCUCCAUUAAUUUAUCGUAGAAUGACCGAGCAAGAUGCCACAUCUGGUGAAAACAUGCUGCUAGAGGGUAUUGGGUUGGGAUCAUCUGGUGCCAUCAAGCUAGGACUGGGGGACUUUAUCUUCUACAGUGUGCUAGUUGGUAGGGCAGCAAUGUAUGAUAUUAUGACGGUCUAUGCAUGUUAUCUUGCCAUCGUAGCUGGUCUGGGUAUUACACUAAUUCUACUGGCAUUUUACCAAAAAGCUCUGCCUGCUCUUCCUGUGUCAAUUAUGCUAGGUGUAUCGUUUUAUUUCUUGACUCGAUUCUUUCUUGAAGUAUUUGUCACGCAAUGUUCUUUGAACCUUGUAAUGUUUUAGAAAUGUAAUCAUUUUAUGUUUGGUAAUAGAAGAUGUCAUGCAGUAAAUUCAUGAUAAAACUAUAAAAUUAUUCUUAUGAA